AUGGGAAAGAGCAGAAUGUACACAAAGUAUUCGAAUGAUGAUGAUGGAACAGAUGAAGUUGAGGUGCUUGAACAAGUUUUCCCUAAACGGAUAUGGGGUUUUGGCUUUGUGCAUAAUAUUGAUUUCCAUCAUUGGAGAUCUAGUCUCAAGAGAAUCCUUCUUCAAAAGAUAAAUCCCCGAAAACGCCUUAAAGGUAAGGUAAGGGAAAAGGAACUUGAUCAUGAUGUGGGAGAACAACAAAAGCUUCUUAAUGAUGACCAAAAACACUUCCUUAUUGCUAAGGAUACUGGAAGAAAGCAGAAAAGGUCUCUGAAAGCUCGGAUAAAAUCGUUGAUUUCAGAAGAGAAUGGAAACAAAAAGAGUUCAGUCUGUUCUCAACCUAAAUUGCAUCGCACCUAUUCAAUACAUCAUCUUGAACCUCCGGAUCCUGAUUGGGAGAGUCCAAUUUUCUUCUUUUCUGAUGAAAAGGAUAUUGGUCCCACAAAACUGUGGGAUCUAAAAAAUAUGAAAGUGAUAGACAAGCCGGAUGCGCAUGGAAAAAAGGCGAAAAACAAUGAAGCUUCAAAAGAUAAAGUUAGUUUUCUGGAAAAUUUUAAGGCAAACAAGAAUUUGUUUCUGGAAAGUCUUCAAGAUACUGAUUCUGUUGGCCUCCGGAAAUUCUCCCAUUCAUUGCCUGGUUCAAGAGCAAAAGCAAGGUUAACCAAGUCAGGAUCAUAUCCUAAUCCUGCUUCUCUUUUGUUCCCAAAAAGAGACCUUGAGCCGAGUACAUUGAGGCUAAAGCGGAGUGAAAUUUGGCCAGCUCCGAAAGGAGAAAAGUUGAACCAUGUUACUGUAAUUCCAAAGGCAGAAACGGUCCAUGGUUCAAUGCAUUUCCGCUCAAAAUCUUUGCCUUCUGAAUACAGGGUUAAGGGCAGCAAACUUGGUCAGGAAUUAGAUCUCAUCACAGAAACUUCAGCCGAACCAGAUGAAAGGAACAUUGAAGAAAACCACUUUGAUGAGGGAAGUCCAACAUGCAGAGUUGAGAAAGAAAACGAAAACGAGGAAAAUGGUUCUAGUGGAAAUCCACUGUUCCACAGAAGAAGUUCUUCUCUAAAUGACUCGCUGGAUAAAUAUGCAAGAUUAUUUGGGAAUGAUCUUGGCAAGGAUGCUAAUUUAGGUUCAUCUAGAAGCUUAAAGUUGAGAAAUGAAUAUGAAGCAGGAUUAGGUGGAGGUGCUCCGAUACUGUUUGGAAGAAUCUGGUCUUUGUCUCACCUCGAAAGUUAUUCUUCUAUAGGCAAUGUAAUGCCUGAAGAUGAUGUUAAUUUACAAGAAUUGCAAAUCACAGCUAAAGAGGAAAGCCGCAAGGGUGAUUGUCCUGAGCAAGAGUUAGAACAAGUAGGCCAUGGCUCAGGUAAUGAAGAAAGUGUCCCUAAGGAUGUCCAAGAAUCGAUCAAAGAACACCAAACUCCAUUAAAUUUAGAUAACUUUAACCAAACAAUGGCUAACAUCUCUGCGGCGGAAGGAUUGAGUGCCUCAGAGAGUGUUGCUGCGGUGGAGGACCUAAUCGAAGAAGCUGAUAAAUUGACGGUUGUCAAAAGCAAUUCUUUCAGGGAGCAAGAAACAUCGAUAGCUCCAACUGAGUUUGCUCAGCCAUGUUCAGUUUCUGAAGAUGAAACAUGUUUCAGAGAAGUGUCUUCUACUUCAGUGGAACAGUUCCAAGAUUUUGAAGGCGUGGACAAUGAGGGUGAUCAUGAUGAUGUCAACUCACAGAAAUCGGAAUUGUCAGCAGGACCUGCUAAUAUGCCAUACCUCGAAAAACCAGAUCAUGAUAUGAAGAAGCUGGACAUUGCCAAACUUUUUGGAGGAAAUGACAUCAAACAACAUGAAAACACUGAUCUGGAUUAUGUGAAGGCUAUUCUCGAAUAUUCAGGUUUUGGUAAGGAUGCAGUACAAAAAACCUGGUAUUCGUCUAACCAGCCAUUAGACCCUUCAGUAUUCAUUGAUAUGGAAGCAUACUUGCAUAACAAAGAAUGGGAAGGUUGCUAUCACCAUCAGCUUCUGUUUGACAUAAUCAAUGAGAAGCUACUCAAUGUAUACGACAGAUCAUUCGCAUAUUACCCCAAGGCAUUGUCAUCUAGUUGCCAUAUUCAUCCGUUCCCAAUUGGAGACAACAUUGUUGAUGAGAUAUGUAAAAGUAUCAGUCCGUUGACGAGCUUGAAGCCUGAGCAAAAGCAGUCACUUGAAUGCAUUGUUGGUUUGGAUAUGGCUGGGAAAGAUGAGGGUUGGAUGAACCUUCAAAUGGAGAGUGAGUGUUUAGCACUUGAACUAGAGGAGUUGAUCUUUGAGGAACUCAUGGAAGAUAUGGAAGACAUGAUUUUCGAGCAAGUAUUCGGCUCCUAA